GGAGAACGUACCAUAGAGUGCACGGGGGGCGGUCCUCCGGGCGGCAGCGCUCCGCCCCCAUCCGGGCGCUGUGUCGUGGUGGGAAGGGGCGGGGCUAACACGGAAGGGGGCGGGGCUAACACGAAGUGGGCGGGGCUAAGGGGAGCGCACGUGGUGCCCAGCGGCGCGCCGGCUCGCGGAAAACGCUGUAGAACGGCCGCACCGUCGGAAGGCGGGAUGGAGCCGCUCUGGAGGCAAGAGGACACUGUGAGCAUUCCGGCAGUGCUGAUUUCUCUUUGACACCCGAUGCCUUCUUACAAGGAGCGUGGCCCCAUGGAGAGCCCUUUUACUCUGUGCACUCCAUAGCACAAAGUCAAUCAGCCUGGGUGCAUAGCUGGCAGCACAGACCUGGAAGGAUGCAGAAGUUUCUAAUGUGACUCCAGAGGAGCCUGCUGCAUUUUCCUGGCAGCAUCACUCAUUUCGCCUCUGCUCGAAGCAGCUUUUUGCUUCUGCCUUAAUGCUGGAGCUGCAGAGAAGGGAGGUCCCACAGGGGUGGGUGCCAGUGCAAGGUUCCCAUUGCCAUCAGCUCUGGGAGGGGUUGGGGUGUUGCUCUGUUCACUCUUUUCUCCUUCCCAUCCUCUAAGAGGGAGAAAAGUUUCUGACAUGGAGAAAUGAGUGUUUUUUCCCAACUCCCUCCCAGUGAGGAGCUGUGCCAGCAUCCCAGUGGGUGGCAGUGGGAGCAGCCGCCGUGUUCCACCCCGCUGAGGGCAGAGGGACAAAUCCCACCUCCACUCCUGCCUCGUCCCUCCCUCGGCCGCAGGAAGGCGGGUGCAUGGAGGAUGGCUUUUCCAGGCUGUGCAAGAGAGAGCCACACAUUGAAGCUGAGCGCUACCACUCCUGCGGGUGCUGCAACUGGGACAACACAACCAGGAGCUGCGGUUCUGCAGUUUGGGAUUCCCUCCAGGGCGGUGACCUCAGGGGUGGCCGCUGGUGAGGUCCCGUCCCAGCUGCAAGGGGGGCAGUGAGGAUGGAGCCGGACGCGUGCACCCCGGAGCUGUGCUAUCCGAAGAAUGGCAGCACCCAACUCAACACCACGUCCGAUAGUGCCAGCGACCUCCUGGCCACCUCCUUCCUGGGCUGCAUCCUGGGCACCAUGUGCGUGGUGGGCGCGGCGGGGAACAUCUACACACUGGUGGUCACCACUGUCUCCAUGAGGCGCAGCGGUUCCAUGUACGUUUACAUCAUCAACUUGGCCCUGGCCGAUCUCCUCUACCUGUCCACCAUCCCCUUCGUGGUGUGCACCUACUUCGUACGGGAUUGGUACUUCGGAGACCUGGGCUGCAGGAUCCUCUUCAGCCUCGACCUCCUCACCAUGCACGCCAGCAUCUUCAUCUUGACCAUCAUGAGCACUGAGCGCUACCUGGCUGUCGCCCGCCCUCUGGCCAUGCUGCGCGGAUCAAGGGACCGUCGGCGGGCGCUCACCUUCCUGGCAUGGCUGGUGGCCUUCCUCCUUGCCCUGCCCAGCAUGAUCCUCAUCGACCUGCGCACCAGCCACCGCCACGGGGUGACCAAGCGUAUGUGCCACCCCACGUGGCGGAUGGGGCCUUACAAGGUGUACCUCACUGUCCUCUUCAACACCUGCAUCCUCGCCCCGGGCGUCACCAUCUGCUGUGUGUACGCCAAGCUGGCCAGGACCUACUGGAAGUCCCAGAGGGCUCUUGUUGCUCACGCCAAGCACACCAGCCACUGUCCCAAGCAGAAGGUGCUGUACAUGAUCUUCAGCAUCGUGCUCGCCUACUGGGCUUGCUUUGUGCCCUUCUGGCUGUGGCAGCUCUUCAGCCUCUACUGGCACGAGCGUGGGGAGCGGGGCAGCUCCACCAUCGUCCCCAUCAACUUCCUGGUGACCUGCUUGGCCUACAGCAACAGCUGCGUCAACCCCUUCCUCUACACACUGCUCUCCAAGAACUACAGUGAGUACCUGCGGAGACACCACCGGGCUGCACAGCGGGGCUCCUCCGCACAGCCACCAGCCCCCGUCCCACCCCUGGGGGGCUCCGGAGAGGAUGACUGUGGUCUGUGAGAGGUGGGUGCCCAAGGGGCAGGUGGCAGAGAUGCGGAUGCUUUUCCCUUCGUUGUGGUUCAGAGGCUCAGCCCUUUUGCUGAGGGCUGUGGCACGCUGUUGCUACCCGGGUGAGGUUGUAGCAAUAAAGGAUAAAAGUGAGGUGGCUCUGAUCACUGAACUCACUUGAGCCUUUUGAUAAAUGUGCUCCUUGUCGUUACGUUUCUACCAGUAGUUCUACUGAAAAUAAUCUAUCACCAGAUUUGUUAGAGAAACCAUUUUGCUGGAGGAAACUGGAGCCCCGGGCCCCCUCUCAUGUCAGGUGCUCUGGAAGCACUGUUCCCAGUUGGUUCAGGCAGACCUUCAGACGAGCCCAUGCUCCCUGCACAAGGGGACAGUAUCUCUUUCCCACGGGUUCCCCGGAGGGGUUAAAUCUCGCCUUUGAAAUCCAACAGAGCAAAGGCAUAAGGAGCCCUAGGCAUGGGGGACUCUGAGCAGUGUCCCCAGGUCAGUCCCAUCUGUCUGGACUCAUUUAGUCAGCAUCCGAUUAACAUUCCAUUCCAAAGUCUCCCAGACCAAAUACUUGCCCAGAACAAUUCAAUGUCUGUAGCUUUCUUGGAUCAAGGUUAGCUCAGUAGAAGAGACCAGGUUAAGUUCACAUUGCUUUCUUAUUCUCUCCUCACCACCACAUCCAGGUUCCUCUUGCAGAUCUUGU